AUGGUAUAUGAUAAAUUUGAAAUUUUGUCCACUUUUGAAGAUCUACAGUCAGAUAUUAUUAAGAAAAACAUAGAUUUAAAUACAAAAAGGCACAACAAAAAACUGGUCAAAUUGUCACAGUCAACUAAAAAUGCCACACAAGUUCAAACGAAGAACACAAUAAAGAAUUUAUCAGAUACCAUUAUUCCAGAAGAAAUUCAACUCCUGCUUAGCCAAGACCCUAAGUUUGCAAUACGCCCCAAAGAUGCAAAUCAAAUUCCAACAGAUCAAAUAAUAGCCAACAUCGAAGCAAAUAUAACGAAAUUAAACCAAGAAAACCAAAAUGAAAUAAGAAUAAAACUAAAUAAUACUUUAAUUGAACACCACGACAAAGUUAAAAAUGAAAAACUGAAUUUUAAAGAAAGGAAGGAUAUAACAGCAUUCAAUAAAACAAAGAAAUUUCUACGAGAUAAUCCACAGAUUGUAGUAACGAGAGCGGACAAGGGCAAUUCAACAGUUGUAAUGAAUAAAUCUACCUACGAAACAAAGAUUAGAGAACUGCUAAGUGAUACAACAACAUACAAACGCAUAAAGAGAGACUUAACAAAUUCCUUACAAAAACACAAUAACGACAUAAUUAAAAAAUGGGAAAACUCAGAAUUUAUAUCACCAACCCUCGCUAGAUCUCUCACUGUACAUAAUAGUAUUUCACCGAAAAUAUAUGGCUUGCCAAAACUCCACAAGCCAAACAUUCCACUCAGACCUAUUAUUUCUUAUACGCAAACACCAUUUUAUAAGCUGUCCAAAUAUUUAGCAUCAGGUCUCUCAAAUGUUAUAAACAAAAAUCCCUUUUACACCAAGAACUCCUAUGAACUUAAACAAGAAUUAGAUACACUAUACGUUCCAGAUGAUCAAAAAUUAUUUUCUAUAGAUGCUGUGUCCCUAUAUACAAAUAUCCCCACACAACUGGUACCACAGAUACUGGAGGAAAAAUGGCACCUCAUAGAAAAAUAUACAGAUCUACCGAAAACUGAAUUCAUAGAGGCAGUGCAACUUACAUUGGGAACUUGCUAUUUUCAAUACGAAGACGAAUUUUACCAACAAAUAGAUGGUGUAGCUAUGGGUAGUCCGGUUGCUGGUGCAGUGGCUCAAUUAGUGCUAGAAUAUUUUGAAGAAAAAGUUUUGCUAAAUUCAUCAUAUAGAAUAACAAUUUUCAAGAGAACUGGACAAUAAAAUCAACUUUCUGGACAUGACCAUCAUUAGAGAAAAUAACAAAAUAGAAACUAAAAUGCUCCGAAAAACCAUUAACUCAGACCGGAUACUUGAUUAUAACUCAGUACAUAACAUCAAACAGAAAAAAGCAAUAGUAACCAAUUAUAUAGAUCGAGCAAUCAAAUUAACUUCACCACGUUAUAGACCGGAGUUACUAAAUCAGAUCUCCUCCCUACUUGCCACAAACAAUUACCCCCAAGAAAUGAUAAAGAAAACAAUAAAACAACGCACUCAUAAAUUUUACAACUCACUAAGUUACCAAAAUCCAAAAACCGAGCCAAUAGUUUACAUACCCCUACCAUACAUCCCAACACUGACUGAGA